AUGGGAGGCGGAGGCGGCGCCAAUGGUGACCCCGGAGAGGCCAACGACACCAACAUCAACACCAGCGACGGCCACAAGACAUCAACAACCGACAAGAAACCUUCACCGGCACCGGCCUUGCAAGUCAUUGUUCUGGGCUCUGGUGGAGGACCCCUCGAGUCCAAUGUCACAGCAUUCCUCGUACGCCCGAUAGCGGCAGGCUGGAGGAGAGGGUCAGUCAUUGCCGUGGAUGCAGGCGUGCACCUCGGUGCCAUCGAGAAGAUUUUGGCAAAGACUCAGCCAGCUACACUUGGCGAGGAUGAAGAACACACGUUGCCCUACACCCUCACAACAGGGCCAUUCGCCGGGCUCCAAGUCCCCACGGCCAAGUCAUCAGCCAAUGCAUCCUUCAUUCACCGGACCCUAAUCGACACAUAUCUAAUAACGCACCCUCAUCUCGACCAUAUCGCUGGCUUCGUAAUCAACACAGCUGGUCUGGGUAGUUCCAGACCCAAGAAGCUCGCCGGUCUACCCAACACGAUAGCAGCUUUCAAGACUCACAUCUUCAACAACAUCAUCUGGCCAAACCUAAGUGACGAGAACAACGGUGUCGGCUUGGUGACAUAUACCCGGCUAGUAGAGGUUAAAGUCUGGGCCGUCAGCCAUGGCCAUUGCUACGAAAGGCACAGCCAUCGCGGCAGCGGCAGCGUUACGCGCCCAGGAAGCUUUGAUGCUUCCUCCAUGGGAGCAUCACCCAUGGGUGUCAUGAGUCCGCUCAUGUCCCACCUGGGGCCCCGUGGAAUUGCCCACCAUAACAGCAUAACGUCGGCUAACAACAGUCUUGCUGCCUUUAUGCAACAGCAACAGCAAAGAGAUCAGGACCGUAUGUCUAUUCAUCUCGGAAACCUGUUUGGCGGUGGCGGCCGUAGCAACUCCAUCUCUGGACUCGGUGGCGGACAUGCACCAGAUGAAUCAGUUUGUGUCUACGACAGCUCGGCCUACUUCAUCCGGGACGUGACAACGGGUACGGAGAUCAUCAUCUUUGGUGACGUCGAGCCAGACUCCCUCUGUUUGUCACCACGGAAUCGCAACAUCUGGCGAGAGGCCGCCCCCAAGAUUGCCAGUGGGAAGCUCACUGCCAUUUUCAUCGAGUGCAGUUUUGACGAUUCUCAGACGGACGAUCGGUUGUUCGGGCACCUUACACCAAGGUAUAUCGUCGAGGAGAUGACCGCCUUGGCCGAGGAGGUAACGGCUGCGAGGAUGGAUAUCCUGCGCAGACAGUACGAAAAGGAACACGGCAUCAAGCGCCAAUCCACAAGCCGUCCGGGUCCCAUGGGAAGGAGUUACUCCGACUACGGAAGCCUCAGCAGCGAUAAGAAGCGUAAACGCGCCGAGGAGGAGGACCGCAACACCCGACGAAGGACAAUUACGUCCCAUGCACGAGCAGCCAGCGCCAACCCGGGAUUCAGAACCAGAGGGGAACAAUCAACAGCAGCAGGAGCAGACAAAAGCCAACAACCACAGUCAUCACAGCAACAAGAUCCCCGACAUCCCGCAGAAGACUCCAUCUCGCCCAAGUCCGGCAAGCGCUAUGAAAACCGUCUCAGUUCCGCCUCCGCUCAAGCAGCCGCCGCCGCAGCAAGCACCACCUCCCUGCACGACAACGACGGCGUCAACCCUCGCAACCCAACAGGCUUCGUAAUCGACACACCUCAUCUCGCCACUCCAACAGCCGAAUUGUCCCUGGACGACUUCCAGCAGCGCGCCACAGUCAACCACCAACCGCAAUUCAACACAUCCCUCCAGCAACACCAAAUGGGCAGCAGUUCCCAACAACAACAAAGCCUCCCGCGAUUCCACCUCUCCGAACCCACCUCCCCCUACGGCUCCCCACACUCGUCCUACAUGUCCAUGUCCAACUCCCCCAUCCCACCCCCAGCCGUACCAGCAGCCGUGCACUUCUCCCAACUUAACCACCCCAGCGCCAACCUCUCCUCCUGCUUGUCGAAUUCAAAUUCGAAUUCCGGAACAGCCUCAGGAACCUCAGGCCUCGUCUCAUCCGCAGCCUCGAACGUCACGCCCGCCACUUCCAUGUCACUCUACCUCAACGGCGCGACGCAAGAUAUGAUGGACACGGACUCCAAUGCUGACAUAGACAUCAAUGUCGAGCUGGCUAGACGGUUGCCCGAGCAGCCGCUGGAGGGACUGAAGGUGGUGAUUAUUCAUGUCAAGGACAGGAUGGUGGAUGGACCGAGUGCGGGCGAGGUGAUUAUGGAGCAGCUGGCGGAGCAUGAGGAGGAGGUUAGGUUGGGGGUGGAGUGGGUUUUGAGUUUUGCUGGGCAGGAGGUUUUUGUGUAG